GCCUCAUUCUCUGCGUCUCUCCCGCCCCGAGGCUGAACUCCUCCGGCCACGGGGUCGAUAAAGCCCCGGGCCCGGCCCAGCCAGAUGUCCCCGUCCAACGGCCGGCCAAGCAAGGCGCGCAUCCAAAGGCCGCUCCGGCCGCCCCGCGCCGCUCUCGGGCGCCGCCCAGCGCCCCCGUAGCCUCCGCCGCCGCCGCCAGCCGCACGCAGCGCGCCCCGCUCGGGGCAGGCCGGCUGGGCCUCGCCUCUUCCUGGCGCCGCCGAGCGGCUUCCCGGGCGGCCUGGGUGAAUCGUCGGCCGCCGCCGCCGCCGGGCCUCCCUCGCCCGCCGCCCAUGGAUUUCACCUAGGCCCCAUGGCGGCCCCCGAGACGCCCCCGGACGUGGCCUCGGCCUCCAGCGCCUCGCUCUUCCGCCUCCGCCACCUCCGCCUCGGGCUGGACCUGCGGCCCGAGGCCCGCGCCCUGGCCGGCUGCCUGGUGCUGGAGCUGUGCGCCCUACCGGCGCCCGGCGUCGGGGCCGAGGGGGAGGCGGCCGAGGGGGAGCGCCGGGCCCGCCGCGCCCGCGUCCUGGUGUUGGACGCGCACCCGGCCCUGCGGGUGGCCUCGGUGGCUUUCCGGGCCUGCCCGGCCGGCGAAGCCCGCUGCGGCUUCGUCUUCUCCAGCGCCGGCGGCGAGGGCGAGCCGGGCCGGGUCAACCCUCCGCUGGCCCGCCCGUCCUCGGCCCCCGCCGGCCACCCGCACCCGCAUGGCCCGCUCAGCAGCGCCAGCGCACUUUCGGCCCUCGGGGGACAGGCGCCGCCGGAGGGGGAUCGGCUGGGCCCCGGCGCCUCCCCGGACGCCUCGGCCGAGGUGCCCCCGUUUUGGGGCGAGCCUCCCCCGGCCGGGCCCUGGGCCUGCGCCCCGCUGGAGAGCGCCGAGGCUGCCUCGCCGCCGCUGCCCGCCUUCCCCCGCUCGGCGCCCGCCGCCCGCGCCCCCUGCCCGCUCUUCUUCCGCCUGGAUCCCUUCAGCGACUACGGCUCGGCGCUCAGCAUCUCCCUGCCGGCCUCGCUGGAGCCGCAGCAGCCCUUCCAGGUCAUCGUCCGCUACACGGCCGUGGAUGCCCCCGCGGUCUGGUGGCUGGAUCCUGAGCUCACCUACGGCAACACUAAGCCGUUUGUUUUCACCCAAGGCCAUUCGGUGUGCAACCGCUCCUUCUUCCCUUGUUUCGACACGCCGGCUGUGAAGUGCACCUACUCUGCGGUUGUCAAGGCCCCUUCAGGUAUGCAGGUGUUAAUGAGCGCCACCCAAAGUACCUACGAGGAAGAAGAGGGCAUCUACCAGUUCUGCAUGGAGUACCCCAUUCCUGCUUACCUGGUGGCUUUAGUGGCUGGGGAUCUUGUCGCCGCAGACGUUGGUCCCAGGAGCAAAGUCUGGGCCGAGCCGUGCCUGUUGUCAACCGCCAUCGGCAAACUCUCAGGUCGGGUGGAGCACUGGCUGAGCGCCGCAGAGAGCCUCUACGGUCCCUACAUCUGGGGCAGGUACGACAUUGUUUUCCUCCCUCCCUCGUUCCCUAUUGUCGCCAUGGAGAACCCGUGCUUGACCUUUGUGAUCUCGUCCAUCUUGGAGAGUGAUGAGUUUCUCAUCAUUGAUAUCAUCCACGAAGUAGCCCACAGCUGGUUUGGCAAUGCCGUCACCAACGCCACCUGGGAAGAGAUGUGGUUGAGCGAGGGGCUGGCCACUUAUGCUCAGCGCCGCAUCACUACGGAGACCUAUGGUGCUGCUUUUACAUGCCUGGAGACAGCCUUCCGCCUUGAUGCCCUUCACCGACAAAUGAAGCUCCUUGGGGAGGACAAUCCUGUCAGCAAACUUCAGGUGAAACUUGAACCAGGUGUGAACCCCAGCAACCUGAUGAAUCUCUUCACCUACGAGAAAGGGUUCUGCUUUGUUUACUAUCUGUCUCAGCUGUGCGGAGACCCAACCCAUUUCGAUGCCUUUCUCCGAACUUAUAUCGAGAAGUACAAGUUCACAAGCGUUGUAGCCCAAGAUCUGUUGGAUUCUUUCUUGGCGUUUUUUCCAGACCUGAAAGAACAAUGCAUUGAUUGCAAAACAGGGCUCGAGUUUGACCGCUGGCUCAAUGCCACGGGGCCUCCUUUAGUCGAACCAGAUUUAUCUCAGGGAUCCAGCUUGACCCAGCCGGUGGAGACGCUGUUCCAUCUCUGGACCACGGAGCCUCUGGACGCAGGAGCUGCUGUGGACAGCGUCAACAUCGCCGAGUGGCAAACAUUCCAAACGGUGCUUUUCCUGGAUAGGUUACUGGAUGGGUCGCCCUUGCCACACGAGGUGAUAACCAAGUUGUCUGAAUGCUACUCAACCCAGCUGGAAAACAUGAAUGCUGAGAUUCGUAUCCGCUGGCUGCAGAUCAUCGUCCGCAACGAUUACUAUCCCGACCUUCAUAAAGUCCGCCGCUUCUUGGAAAAUCAGAUGUCCCGGAUGUACACAAUUCCACUCUACGAGGACCUCUGCACUGGCACCCUCAAGUCCUUCGCCCUAGAGGUUUUUUUCCAGACCCAGACCCAGCUCCACCCAAACCUGAGGAAAACCAUUCAUCAGAUCCUGACCCAGGGCUUGAACCCGCCGCUUCUUGCCACGACGGACAUGGCUGCCAUGGUGGUGGACCCUCCGCCCGCCGAGCUCGAGGACAGGGGUGCCCCGCACAAUGCCGUUUCUCUCAGGGACGUCAAUGUGUCUGCUUAGCUCUCCAGCUCACGCGGGAUCUUGGAAGCUGGAAGAGCCAGCCAGAAUGGCGAGCUAGGACUGCCCUCUGGCCCUUGGUGCCACUGCUGGGGGGGGGACGGCCAGAGGGGGGCUGGAUUAUUAUUUUUUAAAAAAAUUCCUCCCCACGUGUACAUCGAGAGUCCUACGUGCCUUCAGGUGCCUGACACCCCCCCCCCCUUAGGCACAGCGAGAUAUCAGGGAUGUAUCUUUUUCUAACUCCACGCAGCGACCGGGAGCAAGCGACCGUUCGGCCUCGUUGCAUCAUGGAUGUGGACAUCAGAUUGAUUUUUGUGUCUGCCAACAAAAGCCGCAUUUCCAGCACGCGAUGAGUUUUUCCUUUGUCGCUCUCCAUGCCUGGAAGGGGGCAGAACCUUCACCUGGUCCCAGGCCGUCCACGCACGAAGGAAAGAAAGGAAAAAACUGAUCAGGAUCAUGGUAAAUGUUGGAAGGGCGGGAUUUGUCCCGUUAUACGCCACGGCGCUCGUGACCCGGAAUCCUAAAAAACGGAAUGUUUUCUUCCAAGCAGCGUCCAGAUUUCAGGAAACUGGUGUAAGUGGUUAAGGGUCAGGUAUUAAAAAGAGAUUGGGCUGAGGGUGUGCUUCUAUAGAGAUGGGGAGGGGGAGAAGCCAAUCCUUGGGGCAGGGGGGUAUGGUAGGAACAUGGGUGUUAACAGUGCUUUGCUUUCCUUGGAGACCAGCAAGCGCAGUGGUUACAGUGUAGUAGGCACACUCUGCCCAACAGGGAUGGGAAAGGCCUUGCAAGAUUGCGCCGCGGACGUCAGUGGCCAAUCACCAAAUGCAGCACUGCGAUGUCCUUUUCUUUCCACCAAGGUAAAAGAGGAGUGGUUAAUUUUUUGCAAAAAAAAACAACAACCCAACAACACAAAAGCCUGUCCUGAGACUGCUGUAAGCAUACUGACUUGUCUUCACAUCCUUGCACAUCCUUCACAUCUGUGGAUGGUGCCACUGGUGGUUUCCAGCCCCUUCGUCCAAUUUUCCCUGCGCACACAAGCUCACACAACCUUUUUCGUGUGUUUUUACUAAAGCCAACUCUGGGAUUUCUUUCUGUGUGUACCUCCCUCGUUCAAGAGUAAUAUUUAUUCUCUGUACCCAGAAAAGAUGUUCAGAAACCCCCCUUAGGUACCACUCUUGUGUCCAGCUCUGGCAGAGAGGGAUGCCUGUCUCACUGCCUCCUAUUUGGGGAAAACUGGUUCCAGAACCACCACGGUGCUUAAAUUCUCUGUCUCCAGCCCCCUUCCUUCGUUCCCCCCGAAAUAUAUUUUCCACCUGGAGAGACUUGGGGCUUCAGACAAAAGGAGGAGAAGCAAUAACGAAGUCAGACUCCAAAGUUGCUUGACUUGGGCUGCGAUCAUUUGGCAUAGCGGCUCUGGGAUCCCUCCGUUAUUUGGCAACGCCCGGGGCUCCUGUCUCCCCAGAAGCACCUUCCGCUUUUAAGGUGUUUGAUUGGCAGCACUUUUGACACCCGCUCCAGUCCGGCCGAUAGACCGCAACCACUACACACUCUGUUAUCCUGCAUUUUUAUUUUUUUUUUCUUCCAGGAGAAUGUAUGCAACCAGGGUGGAAAUCCCUUGGAGAUGUACCUGGAUGCCUUACAAUAACAUCACUUAUAAAUGUUGAAUUAAACUAAAGUUUGUGACUUGGG